GGCAGCGCCCUGCAGCAGGACUCCCAGGAAUUUCUACUAUAUCACCAUCCUGCGUGACCCCGUGUCCCGAUACCUGAGCGAAUGGCGCCACGUGCAGCGAGGAGCGACGUGGAAGGCAUCUCUGCACGUGUGCGACGGUCGGUCCCCGACCACCGAGGAGCUGCCCAGCUGCUACACCGGGGACGACUGGUCGGGCUGUUCCCUGCAGGAGUUCAUGGAUUGCCCCUACAACCUGGCCAACAACCGCCAGGUCCGCAUGCUCUCCGACCUCAGCCUGGUGGGAUGCUACAACCUGUCGGUCAUGCCCGAGGAACAGAGAAAUAAAGUUCUGCUGGACAGUGCCAAGGAGAACCUGAAGCGAAUGGCCUUCUUCGGCCUGACCGAGUUCCAGCGCAAGACUCAGUAUCUCUUUGAGAAGACUUUCAACAUGAACUUCAUCUCGCCGUUCACGCAGUACAAUAGCACAAGGGCCUCCAGCGUGGAGAUAGACAAGCAGACUCAGCAGCGCAUCGAGGCCCUCAAUUUUUUAGACAUGGAAUUGUACGAUUAUGCAAAAGACCUGUUUCUGCAGCGCUACCAGUACAUGCGGCAGAAGGAGCACCAGGAGGCGCGGCGGAAACGCCAGGAGCAGCGCAAGAUCCUGCGGGCGAAGCAGGCACACCUGAGGGAGCAGGGAGAGAACAGCUCCAGCACUGACUACAUAGGGAACGUGGAGCGGUGGCGGCGGUAGUGGGGCAAGCGCCAGGCGCCGCACGAAGCGGAACCCACCCCAGCCUGCGAGUGGGAGACCACAAAUGAUGCUUCUCGAGGGUCUGAAGCAAAAAGAGGUUAAAAUGUUGCCUUUGCAGUUGCCUUUGCAGUAAAUGUUGUACUGUACGUGGAACACUUAAUCUUAGCGUGUAAUUAAAUUGUCCUUUUUUGGGUUUGUUGGAUUAUUUAUGGAGUACAGGAGCCAAGGAGGCUCGUCGGAAGUGUUUGCUUGGACAUUUAUUUAAAAGAAAAGAGAGAGGAAAAAAAAUCCUUAAAUUAGUUAUGAGUACAAAAUGGGAUGCUGGAAAAUGUUUAUGAUGCUCAGCUGAAAUCUAUCUGGGAAGCAAACUCAUUUGCUAAUAACGAGCAUUUAGCAUACUCAAUGCAGUGUAUGAGCAGAACCUUUUCCCUUUGGUUUUACCUUAGUUUUAUUUUAAUGAUGUGUUUUCAAGGGCACCGACUGCUUACGAUAUUUACCGAGUUGAUGAAUGGACGAUGAAGGGAACAAUAAAGGUCUAGAAAAAUUAUCGACUAGUUUUAUGUAUAAUAUUGGCUUUUAAAAGGAAUAGAAGUAAUUUCUCUAGUUAUAUAAAUAUUUAAAAUUUUAAACUUUUUCUACCUACUGCUGUUUAGAGUUUUAAGCUUGGUCUAUCUCAUAUUAAAAAAAAGACAAAAAAAAAGAUAAAAAAAUACAUGCAUACUUUUUCUGAACUCAAUGCCAAUGCUAAAGACACUGUUUCCAGAAUUUUUUCAGGGCAGUAUGAUUUUAACCAUUCUGGAAAAGCUACAGCACAUUCUCAUGUUUGUUUCAUAAAGCCUUUUCCAAAUUAUAAUCCUGUCACAGUGUCUCAUUUUAAAUCUUUCUUACCCAUUAGAAUACAUAAUGCUGAAUUUAUCAUUCCUUAAUAAUUGGUGGUAUAAACUAGAUGAAAUUAUGUUGCGGAUAUUUGUGUAGUGUCUUUAAAAAGUCAUAAAACUCU